GUCCACAUCCUGGUUUUGCGGUGAUGUGCGGGAUCCUGUGAAACAAGCGACUGCUGCAGUGGAGGAGUAAAUGCGGAGCCAAACAGAGCUCCAGGUGAUCCACAGCAGCACAGCCCGGCACACUGCUGCCUCCUCAGCCUCCCCUCUCCUCCUCCUCCUCCUCCUCCUUCUACCCUUCCUCCUCCUCCUCCUCUUCCUUCAACCAAAAAAAAAAAGAAACCAGGAGAAAACCCCCGCGCUUCCCUCUCCGUUUCUGUGAUGUGAAGCGCCUUCUUGGCCGGCUGCAGCUUCCCGGGCAUCGUGCGAUGACACACGGCAUAUGUGCUCCGAUGUCUCCGCAACAUAGGCACGCCGCACGACCAGAAGAUUGCACCUUGGUCCCGGUCUCGAAAGUUCAAUGAAGGCAGACACCUUCCUCCGGCCAGGAACAUGAAGGGCUUAUCGGGCAGCCGCUCCCAACACCAAAUCCCUUUACCCCAUGGCCUCGACUAUGACCCUCAUGUCCAUGAUCUCCACGGGCACCAUGGCUCAGACUCCCGCCACUCCUCCUACCUGCUCAGCCCGACAGAAAGCUGCCCCAUGGACUUCCAACACCGCUAUUCACCGCGCAGUUCCAUCCAUUCCGACUGCAUGAUGAUGACCCCGGUUAUGAUGCCUCCUGUCGCCGCGUCUGACCAUAUCUCCAGCAGCACCUUCCCUAGAAUGCACUACAGCUCUCAAUACUAUGACUCGGCCACACGGGAUGACUGCGUCGCCAUCACAGCCUCUGCCACAUCACCGGCAGUGGCUGCCGCUGCAGCCGCGGCCGCCGCCUCCUCACACCACGCCGGCACCAAGAGCAAUCGUCUACCUGCCAACCUGUUGGAUCAGUUUGAGAAACAGAUGCCGCUACACCGGGAUGGCUUCCACACAUUACAGUACCAGCGCACAUCUGCCACCGCUGAGCAACGCAGCGAGAGCCCCGGCCGCAUCCGACACCUCGUUCAUUCUGUCCAGAAGCUCUUCACGAAAUCCCACUCCCUGGAAGGAUCGUCCAAGAUGAACGGCACAAAGGGUGACAUUGGAGGAGGCGGAGGAGCAGGGAGUUACUAUCAUCAUGGCCAUCAGCCUAACAAACAUGGUAGCAAGAGGAGCAAAAGUAAAGAACGGAAGCACCGCCCCGGCGGUUGGUGGAGCUCUGACGACAACCUGGACAGCGACAGCACCUAUCGCACUCCCAGUGUCAUGUCACGGCACCACGGAGAACACAUCACCCACUGUUACCCAGAUUCCAUACACGGACACCACUUUGGAGACCUGUCGCUCAAGACCUCCAAGAGUAACAACGAUGUCAAGUGCACCGCGUGCGACAGCAUGGCCAUGGCGCCCGAGGGCAAAUUCAUGAAGAGGAGCUCCUGGUCCACACUGACGGUUAGCCAAGCAAAGGAGGCCUAUAGAAAGUCAUCGCUUAACCUAGAAAAAACCAUGAUGCACCCAGACCUCAAGCCUUCACGGACCUUUCAUUACCUGCAGGUACCUCAAGAUGAAUGGGGUGGAUACCCGGGCGAGCAGGAUGAGGAGAUCCCAUGUCGGCGGAUGAGGAGUAGUAGCUAUGUCAAGGCUAUGGGAGAGGUGGACGAUGACAGUGGCGAUUCUGAAAGCAGCCCCAAGACCUCCCCGCAAAAAGGCAUCAGGCCGGAUGCUCUCAUCCUCAAGUCGGCCAUGCACAGACCCCAUUUCGACUCCCAAAGUCCGGGCUACCGCUUGCAAACCAUGAGAGAAAUGCGGGCCCAUCCGAGUGUUACGCUGGACCCUGCUACCACCUUUCACCAUCCUCCGCCCUUCCGUUCUCGCAACCAGAGCUACAUGCGCGCUGUCAGCACCCUCAGCCAGGCGAGCUGCGUCAGUCAGGUGAGUGAGACUGAGAUCAAUGGCCAGUUUGAGUCAGUUUGCGAGUCCGUUUUUAGUGAAGUAGAAUCCCAGGCUAUGGAGGCCUUGGACCUGCCGGGUUCGUUCCGCACUCGAAGCCACAGUUACCUCCGUGCAAUACAGGCUGGUUAUUCCCAAGAUGACGACUGCUUGCCUUCAAUGACAUCCUCCACUGUCACUUCAACUCUCAGAUCCACAACAGAGGGAUAUGAUAUUGUGGAUGCGACGUCAUUUCUCAAUGACGACAUGAUAGAGGAUGAUGACGGUGCCAGCUCCUCUGCCUAUGCAGAGCUGGAGAGGCUGGAGAGAGAGACGGUGGCUGCGCGUAGCCAUCACAGUACUAGCUCCACCGUAACGGCCAUCUCGGUGCCUCCGACAACGCCACCUUCAUACAGGGUCCCUAGUGCCUCACCUAUAGCCACCAAUGAGCCACCGGUCCCACAGGCAAUCCAGGCCUUUAAGGAAUCUGCAAACAUGGUCGCUGCCUUCAACAUGCAGUGGAAGGAUGAAAUCUCAGCUAUGCGCUACGAGCUGGCAGAGCUACGGCGAGAUGUCUGUGGGGAGCUGAAGACUUUCAACAGCAACUUCUUCAACUUCACUCAGUGUUACAAUAUGUGGACUUUGUGUCGGGAACCAUGCAGCGACAGCACCACACAAACAGAAGAUAGAGUGUCCAUAGGAAUCCAAGCAGGGUCCAGCUGGUCCAUUCGGCAUAAUUUGGAGGACAAGUCAGUGAUGUGUCAACCUGAACCGGCACCCUUUAGUAUCAUGGACUUAAUGAACCCACCUCGAAUUGAGAUCAUAGAGGGAACCCCAGAGAGCACACCAGAGGGUUCAGGCAGUCCUGCAAGCCCGCUUCCAAUAGAGGACUUCCCAUGGGAGAUAAAUAAAAAGCAAAGGGUCCACAAACCGCAGGAAAUAUGUGGCCACACAGGUGGUCACAGAAGUGCCAGUCUUGAACUGUGGUGCAGGAAGUACACCAGUGGACCCAUGUCGUAUAUGUCUAUGUCAUUCUAAUCACUCGCACCUUUCACGCUAUAGGAAAAGAUGAGCAAGCCAUGGUAAAACCUUGUAUUUACAUAUAAAGGCUGUUGUUCGUCCCUUUACUCUUUGCAGACACAGUCCGUCAUCUGUCAGACAGGUAACAGAGUUCUUUUAACAGCCUUGGAAUCCAAGAGACCGCGUGUUGUACUUGCCUUCAAAAUGAGGUCACGCGAACAUGAGCAAGAUGGUAGCUGAUCUUGAGAUCAACAAGUGCCAACGAGAGCAGCAUUGUAUUUCAUAAGUUGUCUUAAAAAGCCGGCAGACAAAAAGAAAAAUCUACUCAAACAAAAUCUGAGGGUCACUUAAUGCUACAACUCAAUAAUCAGCCAUUUUGAGUAGAGGCAUACAAUAAGUUGGUUUGUCUGCGUCGAAACUCAUUGUCAUUCCAGUUUCUCUUCGCGUAGAAACCCUCUCUUCAGCACCUGCGUAUACUGUGAAUACCUUUAUAAACCCUAAGUUUUCUAUUGAAUUCAUCAAAAUGACGACAUUAUUUAUUAAGAGAUUUCAAUAAAGUUUUCUUUUUAGUUAUUUUUAUCUCGAUGGCCUUUGGUUUACUCAUUCUGUAAGCCAGCAUAGAAGACUUUCAACAUUAAAAAAGUUUCUGCUGUCAAAAGUCUCAUUCAUAAACAGAAUAUAUUAAUAAUAAUUGAAUAAACAGUUGUUAUUCUGAAAAAUAACCUCUAUAACUCUAUGAUAGAGUUUAUGACACUGUAGCUUGAGGUUGUGAACCUUAAAAUUGAAUGAAAGACUUCAGUCUCGCAACAUUAAAAUAAAUUUAAAAAAACAAGAAGGGGGUCUUCAAAUUGAUCAUGCAGCAUAAAUGUAAUGGCUUAAAUUAAUCCGAGCACAAACUACUUUUAUGUUUUGUCGGUGUAUUUGUAUAUACAUGUAUAAAUUUGUAUAUAGAAAAAAAUCUUAUAUUCAAUACAUGUUAUAAACAUACUGUGUUGGAUCAGCCGUGAGACGGGUUAGUAAAAAGAAGUAGAUCUGGUUCUAAACCGAACAGAGCACCUUUUUCUUCUCAGAGGCCAGCCGCCAUUUAUUUCAUCAUGCUAAUCACUUGGUUGGUAGCAAUGAGUGAUCAAGGUUUGGUAAAGAGCUUCAACGAUCCGUUUGUUUUCCCUAUCUUAAUGCAUGAGUCUGCACAUGUUUGAAUUUGCGAGAGUAGAGGAUUAGCCACAUUCUAACCCGUUCAGCUGUCUUGAUGCUGAAAGAUUGGUCCCCUAACUAUAGACAAUCAAUGCCGCUGAGGGUCUUGACCUCGCCGACAAGUCCCCAGAGGUGCAGUAUGGUACCCGUGAAUGUUCUAACACCGCCCAACUAGUGAUAGCCGAGCUGGGCUCCUGACUAACCUUAAUUGGUCUGAGUCACAGUUGAGUUUUUCAGUCAAAACCUCGCUUAUAUAAUAACAGAGUAGCCUGUCAAGUCGCUAGCAUUCCCUCCAGACAUUUAUCCACUCCAUUCAUUGUCCCAUUGUACCAACGUGGUGUACCAAAGUUAAAAAUGAGGCCUCAGGAACUGAGGCCGAAAGCAACCACCUUCAAGUUUGUAAGCACUUCUGGACUAUCAAAGGACCGUGACAAGUCUGAUGUAUAACAAACAGUCUGAUUGAAAUGUGAACCUGUCAUAGGGACCACUAUGCUGCCUUUAGCCAGGACAGAGCUUAUUCCCCCCUUGUGCGACCAAAAGGCAAUAGAUGCAAAAAUUUGUAAGGAAUCUUGAAAGUUUAUAAAAAAAAAAUUUGUUAUAAAGUUAUAACAUUUAAAAUGCCAUAUUCCACAGAGAAACGGGCAGUAUAACUGAUGUAUUUAUUGUUAAAGUUUUGAACAAAAACUGUAAGUGUGUACCGUAUUUUUCGGAUUAUAAAUCGCACCGGACGAAAAUGCAUAAUAAAGAAGGAAAAAAAACAUAUAAAAGUCGGACUACAGUAUAAGUCGCAUUUUUGGAGGAAAUUUAUUUGAUAAAAUCCAACACCAAGAAUAGACAUUUGAAAGGCAAUUUAAAAUAAAUAAAGAAUAGUGAACAACAGGCUGAAUAAGUGUACGUUAUAUGACGCAUAAAUAACCAACUGAGAACGUGCCUGGUAUGUUAAUGUAACAUAUUAUGGUAAGAGUCAUUCAAAUAACUAUAACAUAUAGAACAUGCUAUACGUUUACCAAACAAUCUGUCACUCCUAAUCCCUAAAUCCGAUUAAAUCUUCUUCCUCGGUGUCGCUUCUAAACAACGGUAGAAAGUAAAAGGUAGACAAUGCGCCGUAAUUUUUAAAUAAUUUCACACAUAAGUAGCUCCAGAGUAUAAAUCACACCCAAAUUAUGAAA